AUGCAUCUUCGAGCAGUGGCCCUCUUGCUUGUCUCCAUAUGGCAAUGCUAUGCUGUCCUGCCUGACAUCGGAGCCCCGGGCUACACUUGUGAUGCUGAGUUGAUGAAACCAAGUAAGAAAAUCCCAACCAAUGUGAACUCAGUCCGGCCCGCCGACAUCAAGGUUGUGAUGGCCCUCGGAGACUCGCUUACAGCAGCGAAUGGUGCUGGAGCAGAAGACCCAGUAGCAGUAUUUCUACAGUACAGAGGGCUUGCCUUCCAAGCCGGUGGAGAUGCUUCGCUCGAUACCCACAUUACGAUCCCCAACAUCCUCAAGAAGUACAACUCGAAGCUUUUUGGCUACUCUGUGGGUAUCGGAUCUCCUAACGUGUGGGAAAUUUCAUAUCUGAAUGUCGCUAUGCCUGGUGCCAUUGCUGCUGACCUUCCAGGACAAGCCAGAACGCUUGUGUCUUUGUUGCAUAGCCAUCCUGAGUCUGUGGAUUAUGAGAAAGACUGGAAGUUGCUCAAUAUUUUCAUCGGUGGCAAUGACAUGUGCUCAUUCUGCAAAGAUGGGAAGCUUGCCCCCACUGAGUGCGUGCAACACAUCUAUGAGGCCAUUGAAAUCAUCUACGGCAAUGUCCCAAGGGUGAUCGUGUCCGUCACUGCAAUGUUACAAUUGGAGAUUUUGAGACAGUCUGACAAAGGACGACUGUUCUGUCAAGAGCUUCAUACACAAGAAUGCCCUUGCGAAAGCGAUUCGAAGGACUUCAACAAUACCUAUUUGGCUAAUACAUGUAUCGACUAUGCAAAUCAAGAAAUGGAUCUAGCCGCUUCUGGAAGAUUCGACAAGCACGACUUCGCGGUCGUUACGCAACCAUUCUUCAGAGAUAUUGCCGAACCUCCAAUGAAGGAUGGCCUCGUCAACAAGGAAUUCUUUGCACCUGACUGCUUCCAUUUCUCGCAAUGGGGUCAUGCUUUGGUGUCGACCUGGCUUUGGAAAAAUAUUCUUGAGCCAGUCGGCGCAAAAACUACACAAGGGUCAGCCAGUGUGCCAAGCCUACCUCUAGCUUGCCCAGAUCCAAAAUGUCCAUUCAUUCGCACAAAUGCAAACAGCAAGGACUGCAGCAAAUACAUUACUCCUGUAGCAGACACAGUAUAUGAAACAAAUUCGAUAGAAUAA